AUGUUAUGAAGAAAUAGGAUAAAUCCUCCGGGUGGAGAUGGGAUUUUCCAUUCAUGAGAAACGCAGAUUUGGCUUCAUGAGAUACCGGUAUUAAAUGGUUUUCGGUGCUGCUGGAAUGUACUCGUAUGUGGUUUUUACCAUUAUAUUUGUUUUGGGGAGAGUUGAGGGGGCGGUUUUCCUUUGUGCAGUCACACCCCGCUGUCCCGGAUCUCGAUAGUCCGGAUACCUCGCUUUCCCGUGUGAAUUUCUGCGAGCUCUGAAUUUCUUUUCCACCAAAACCUCACCCGCUGUCCCGGAUCCCUCGCUGUCCCAGACAAAUUCUUCGGAUUUUGACCGGCCGGGAUAGCGAGGGGUGACUGUAUAUUGGGUCUCGGAUUUAAACAAAAAAAAAAAACAAUGGCAAGGACCGUCACGCACUGGAGCAAGUAUGUACUCGUACGGACGAAGCCCCACUAAACAAGCCUUCAACACCCGCUCCGCAACUUUUAGUUUGACAAAUAUUUGAUCGCUAGCACCACUUAGCACCGCCAAGCCCGUCCCUUCCCACGGCACGUAGUGAAUUUUUAUCUUAAAGCGAGCAGAACAUUGGGGACGGGCAGCCUAUAAACACAAACCACCACCACAAUGCCCACAAUCAAAGAACCCCGCCACAAAAAGCGCGAUCCCGCAGCCGGCUCGGACAGGCACAGCGAAAAAGACAGGCGGAAGAAGCGUAAACCGAAGCGCAAAAUCUCGGACCUCGACGUAUCGGAUGCUGAGGAAGGGACCCCCACAAUCCCACCAGCCGCAGGGUCCAAGAAGAGGGAGGAAGAGUCCAAACGGAAAAGUCUCAAGAAAAACUCCAAUGGAUCAAAUCCGCCCACCACUGUGGACGGAUCUACCGGAGGGAAGGGAGAAGAAGGAAACACCACCACAACUCCCGCCCACCGUUUCAUAGUAUUCAUCGGAAACCUCCCCUACACCACCACCCACCCGCAACUCCAAUCGCACUUCUCCUCCCUGCAGCCCUCGAGCAUACGGCUGAUAACCGGCAAGAAUCCGCCGCACACGUGCAAAGGCUUCGCCUUCCUAGAAUUCACUUCCUACGACCGCAUGAAGUCCUGUCUAGCAAAGUACCACCAUAGCAUGUUCUUGGAUAGGAAGAUUAAUGUUGAGCUUACGUACGUUUUCCCUGCCUCCAUUGUAGCCAAGAAAGUGCGGAAAAUAGCUGAUAGGACGGGCGCAGUGCCGGUGGAGGCGGAGCAAAAAGUAAGGACCGGAGGGAAAAGCUGCGCGCAAAGAACGUGCGGUUGAAUGACCAGCGCAAGAGGAGAAUUGAGGAGGAGGAGAAGCUCAAGGGGGAGAAGAGGGUCAAGAGAGCUGCUGAGGGUGAAGGUGGUAGUGAAGGAGGUGUUCAUCCGAGUAGACGGGGUAACGUCAAAGCUUAAAUGAGGGUCGAGAUAUUGUGUAUAAUAAUAUAAUACGCUCUAGUGUCACGA